CUCGUCCGUUACCUGGAUGUAUCCAUUACAGCGAGUACAUAGUUCUGUCGCUACAACACGAAUUGCAUCAAUAUCCGUUAGGUUACCUCUAUGCCUUGUGAUACGGGUGUCCACAAUCGACAAUCACCUCUUUGCCUCUAGCCGAGUGUCGCGCGCCGAUACAAGUACUCAGCUGAGGCGAUACCGAUCGACCCCGUUAUAGUCGUCUUCUAUCAUCGACGUCCGUCAUCGAAGCCGCGUAUCUCGAGUCCGUCCAUUUCACCGACAUCGUCAACCCAAGUCAUCGCUCUUGUCGAUAUCUCGAAUUUCCUCCAUAACCAAAUACUGCCACCAUGAGCGGGAGACCAACCCCUCGCAAGGGGCGCAGCCGCAACAACCACUCGUACAAUAAUGGCGGCCCCCGAGAAAGCGGCCCCCGCUAUGCCCAACAAUCCGAUUACGAUAGUGACGCCGUCAACACCAGCUAUGCGGCCCAGCCCAGAGAUGCCGAGAACCGCAUGUACGAUCCCAAAAACUACGUGCCAGAAGUGGACGAGUCGGCUACCUAUGUGCACACCACCACCCGUACCAACUACGAGCUCAACAUGUCCGUGCUGAAGCGCUACGUCUCCGGCCUACGCGCCAUCCUCCUGACCUGCUCCUUCGUUCGUCUCUUCGAGUGGUCUUCAACAACAAACUCCUGGGAACUGCGCGAUGUCGAGGGUCCCAUGUUCCUCUGCGAGUGCGACCCGAUCGUGCUCCCCACCGGCCACGAACUACCACAGGUCAACCUCUUUGUGCUGAAUCGACGUAGUAUGGAGAAUCUUACCAUCAAUCUGUCAAAAGUCGAAAUGUACGAGGCCACAAACGAGAAGUUUCUAAGUCUGAAAAUGGAGGCCGACGAAGCGGGACCCGGGAGAGCACUCGGCUUUCAUUUACACAGCAACGAGGAGAAGGGAACCGGAGACUCUCAGGGUCAAUUUCUUAUGGAGUAUCCCGACUGGAGUCUUAUUCAGGCCCAAUGGGAGAAAGCAAGGGCAGCUCUGAGCGCGGUUAACAACCAGGUUGUCGGAGCUCCUCAGUAUGAGCAGGGCGUGCCGAACAAUGGGGCUGCCGUCGCAGAUUACGCACAGGCGCCAGCACCAUGGGCAUCUCUGGGAGCGUUUGGUAACAAUAUUGAAGGGAGUCAACUGGCGGGGAGGCAGCUGAACAUCAAUGACUUAUUUGGUGCUCAAAACAGUCAAAGGCAUGGGGGAGGUUAGGAAGCAAACCAGCAGCGUCUAACAAAAUUUGAUUUCUUACAGCAGAAAAAACCAAACAUCAACAGCGAUGCCAUAUUGGUUUACAUGCUAUGCUUAGAUUCUAGCGAGUUACCCUGUAAUUAGAAGAAACAGGCCCAGAAACCAUUGCGACGUUUCUGAAGAGUUCGGUACUACUGCUACCAGUACUACUGCGUAUCUCGCC